ACUUGCUGUUUUGUGAAUUUUGGACCAAAAAUGGCGACGUAUUGGAAAUCCCAACCUCGAAAAUUUUGCGACACUUGUAAAUGUUGGCUCUCGGAUAACAAAGCGAGUAUUGAGUUUCAUGAACGAGGGAAGAGUCACCAAGAGAAAAAAGAGAAGCAGAUCGCAGCGUUGCGGAAAAAAAGUGCUAUUCAAUACAAAAAUCAACAAAAAGCUGGACAAUACAUGAAACAGAUUGAAAAAGCCGCUUUGAAGCAAUACAAAAAAGAUUUAGCUGAACAAGGAAUUAAACUGAAUUUACCUGAGGACACUGAAAAGGAGGAAAAACAGUCAAAUUCUGGCGUUAAUUCUUUUAAAGACUCACAAACGGGGAGUAAAAAUUCAAAAAAACGUAAAACGCAACCCAAAACUAAUAAUUGGACUAAAGAAGUAUCACCCGAAGGCCACACGUACUAUUGGAACACUGAAACGGGAAAAUCCCAGUGGGUGAAACCUGAUGGUUUUAUUGAUAAAGAAGAAAAAUCUGGGGAUUCCCCGAAAGCAGCGAAAGUUUCUACAGAGGAAUCACCUUGGACUGAGCAAGUUGCCCCAGAGGGAAAUACCUACUAUUGGAAUACUGAAACUGGGAAGUCCCAAUGGGUAAAACCAGAGGGCUAUAAUCCCGAAAAUUUGACAUUCAAGCCUAUUGAAAACAAAGACGAUAGGGAGGGGGAAGCCCCUACUAAAAAUCCUAAAUAUGGUGGAGAUCCAUAUGGCUCCUGGUCGGUCAUAAAAGAAACUAAGUCGGAAAAGAAAAUCGAUUUGCAACUCCCUAAAAAACUCUCUAGCGCUGAAAGUGACGGUCUUAUAGACAGGACUUCAUUAGAGGAAUCGCAUGAGCCCAAAAAGCGAGAAUUUGAUGAAAAAAUUGUUAAAUCGUUAGGUGGGGGGUCAGAAAAUUUUAAGAAAAAAUCUGUCAAACAAAGAUCAAUUAGAAAACGUAAUGUUGAUGAUUAAUUGACAUUUGGGGUUAAAGUUCAUGUACUUAGUUCCUGCAUUACUUCCUGACUUUUUAUUUAAUUUUUGUUUUGUGCACUCAUGUACUUUGUUCACUAUUUCAGACCACAAUGCCAUAAUAUGACCAUGAUGUAUUUUUUUUUUCACAUGGGGGGGGGGGGGGGUGAGGGCAGUGGCGGGCCAAAGGAGCAGCUGCCCUGGGCAGCACGUUAUAGGGGUGAGUUUGUUGCUUAGUUCGAUAGUUUAAAUAAUAAUAUUACCAAUUUACCAUUACAAACAUUUUACCUCUUACUUGACUUUAAAUUUAUUUAUUCUCAUGUAUAUAACAUCUAUACGGUAAUUUGUUUAUCCCCCAAAAUUUUUUUUGAAGUUAGGUAUAAGAGGCAGCAUUAUCAGAAACUCGCCCCGGACAGGCCACGCCACCGGGUGAGUGAUGUCCAUAUUUAGAAAUUUGAUUGAAAAAGUAACUUUUCAAAACUGAUGGUCAAACAUGAAAUAGACUUUCAUUUCUGCCUCUGUAAAAAUAGAAAAUGAAUGAAGUAAAUAUUUAUCUGCAUUACUCUC